AUGAAGGCUGUCGCUGCCCUCGCUCUUGUUGGCUGUGCCAUCGCUGCACCAACCAAGACAGUUGAAAGUCGUCAGCUGCCCGGACUCGGCUCCCUCCCAGGCCUCGGUGGCUCCUCCACAGGCAGCAGCCUCAGCGGCCUUGCCUCUCUCAUCCCCGGCCUGGGCGGCUCUUCAUCUGGCAGCGGUCUCCCCGGUCUCGAAUCCUCCACCGGCAGUGGCCUCGGCGCACUCUCCUCCCUCAUCCCCGGACUCGGGGGAUCUUCCUCCAGCGGUCUCCCCGGCCUGGGAUCUAGCACCGGUAACAUUCCCGACCUGAGCAGCUUGCUAGGCGGAUCCUCCUCUAGCUCCCUGCCGGGCUUGACUAAACGUGCCUCGAUUACAGAAAACGGCGUCACUCAGAAUGCGGGCUGCCAGGAACUGACCUUUAUUUUCGCCCGUGGAACCACGGAAAUGGGCAACAUGGGCUCCGUUGUCGGACCGCCCGUCGCAAACCAGUUGGCCUCCCUUACCGGAAACAAGGUCACCGUACAGGGUGUCGAUUAUCCUGCUGAUGCUGCUGGAAACGCCAUGAUGGGCGCAUCUGGCGGUCCAAAGAUGGCCGAGCUAAUCCAGCAAGCCAAGAAGCAGUGUCCCGAUACCAAGGUCGUCCUGGGUGGAUACUCCCAGGGUGCUAUGGUUGUUCACAACGCUGCCAGCAAGGUCGGUGCUGAUGCAAUCUCUGGUGCUGUGUUGUUCGGUGACCCCUUCAAGAUGCAGGGUGUUGGUAAGCUGGACACGUCUAAGGUUAAGGAGUUCUGUGCUCUGGGUGACCCUGUCUGUGAGAAUGGCAUGAAUGUCAUGGCGCAUUUGACCUACGGUUCUAAUGCUAAGGAGGCUGCGCAGUUCUUGGUUCAGGCUGCUGGGCUUUCUUCUUAG